UUUUAUUUGAUUGGUGUGUUGUGUUUUCAGUUUUGUGGAAGUUCUGGAAAGAAAAUAUCGUUCGGAAUUCUUAUCAGUGAUUUUAAAUCUUAUCAGUAUCGGGUGCUGCUGAACUAUGAAAAUCGCCAACUCGACAGACGUUGAGGGUGGACUAAAAUGACCCUUCCUGUGUACUAUUCAUGUAAGACAGUUGUUCCGAUAGUCGUAGCUGUGUUGCUCAGUAUAGCCACGUUAGUAAAUAGUGGAGCGAAUAAUCUUCACAUGUACGAUGGAAUCCGAACCCAAGAUAUUAUAGCCGGUGACGUGUUCUUCGAAAUUAUUGACCCUCCAGAGUUGGAGUACACUUACCGGAUCCGACCGGCGAAGGAUUUUGGCAGUACGUUCGGCGCGUCCUUCAAGGUAACGGAGGGCAAGCUUGUUCCAGCCAUUCCGUCGGAUGCGUGCGACGCUCAUAUUCUCAAUGAACGAGACUUGAAAGGCAACAUCGCGCUCGUGGAACGGGGCGAGUGCUCUUUCCUAUCAAAAGCAAUUAACAUCGAGAAGGUCGGCGGUCAGGCAGUGAUAAUCACCGAAGUUGACAACAAUUCGGAUGAAUACGACUACUACAUUGAGAUGAUUCACGAUAAGACGGAUCGUGAUACCAACAUUCCGGCCGCUUUUUUGCUGGGUAGAAAUGGACUCAUCAUCCGACGCACACUGACCAAACUGAGCAGACGGUAUGCGCUAGUGAACCUCCCGGUUAAUCUGACGUUUGUGGCGCCACAUUUGAUCAAUCAGCCACCGUGGCUGCAGUGGUGAUUUAUUUGAGCGGUGAUGGAUAUGUUUAUUUUUUGCAGUGAAACAUAGAUUCUAGAUUUUACGGAGUAAACCCUCAUGGUAUUAUGACUGUUUAGAGAGACUAAUUUUCUAGUCAACCUGUGAGAAUGUAAAAAAGGAAGAGAGACUAUCUUCAUAUUAAUUGAACUGAAUAAACUGAGUUG